GGGCUGAAGCGAUGGGCUCAGAUCAUCUGACUCCACUCAGCGGCGCAGAGACAGAGGGGACAGGGAAUCCCGAACUUUCCUGCAAACUGCCCCCCGGAACCCCCUGCCCCCCGGACUCUCCCCCGACUCCGCGACCCCCAAACCCCGGAGUGUGCGCCCCCCUCACUUCCCACCAUGGGUCCCCGAAAGUGACACCGACCCCCCCAAAGAUGGAUAUAAAGUCGGAGUAAGAGCGCAGAGGACCCCGAUAUGGAGCACCCCCAAAACUAAACUGCCUCCAUCACUUGGCACCAGUGAGUGAGAAGCCCCCACAGCCUGAUUGGAACUGCCCCCCCAUACCCAGAGAUUUUCCGCUCCGGAAUAUGAGCCAGUGACAUGGAGAAUUCCGGCCCAGUCAGCACCGCGCACAAGAAGGAGGCCAAGAAUUCCCUUCUGGAUGGAAAUGGAUUCCCAGAUCCGGGGAAGAAGUUGGGGGGCCUGAGCACUUCGCAUGGGGCUCCGGCUCCUCUCUUCCCGGCCUUCCACCCCCCCUUCCCGGUUGAAGUGCGCCACCAGGAGGGCAGGUACCAUUACGACGCCCACAGCAUUCACGCUCUCCAUGGCCCCCCAACUCUCAGCGGUAGCCCCGUGAUCUCAGACAUCUCCUUAAUCCGCCUCUCCCCCCACUCGCUGGGUACCGCCGAGUUUGGCCACGCCCACCACUAUGUCAGCCCCCACAUGGAGCAUUACCUGCGCUCCGUGCACGGCAGCCCCACCCUGUCUAUGAUCUCGGCCGCCCGAGGGCUCAGCCCAGCAGAAGUGGCCCAUGAGCACUUAAAAGAAAGGGGCAUCUUUGGCUUAGCGCCCCCUGGUACCGCCCCCACAGAAUACUGCCACCAAAUGGCCAUCUUGGCCAGUCACGCCAGUCCGUACGGGGAGCUGCUGGUACAGAGCGCGGCGGCGGCGGCGGGGAACACGGCGCAUCUACACGAGUACCUCACCCCCAUGGAUGUAUCCAGAUUCUCCAGCCCCCGAGUGACACCGAGACUAAGCCGGAAAAGGGCCCUUUCCAUCUCCCCCCUGUCGGACGCCAGCAUUGACCUACAGACCAUGAUCCGCACGUCCCCCAACUCCCUGGUCGCCUACAUCAACAACUCCCGGAGCAGCUCGGCCGCCAGCGGAUCCUAUGGGCACCUCUCUGCGGGGGCAAUAAGCCCGGCGUUUAGCUUCCCGCACCCCAUAAACCCUGUAGCCUAUCAGCAGCUCCUGAGCCAGCAGCGCAGCCUGACUUCCUCGUUUGGACACGCCCCUUUGCUCCACCCAUCGCCGACAUUUGCGCCCCGCCAGCAGGGGGCACUCACAUCAGCCAAUCCAGCUCCUCCGAGCAACAACAGCUCCACCCCUGACUCCGUCCUGAACAAGGGGAGCAGCGAGUCGGCGGUGAGCAGUACCGUCAAUCAGGUGAUUCCCAAGCGCAGCAAAGUCAAGAUGGAAGACGAGGGGCUUCAGCGCGACUCCCCCAGCCCUCCGGACCACCUGACCGACCUGAAGGAGGAUCUGGAUAAGGACGAGUGCAAGCAGGAGCCCGACGUUAUAUACGAGACCAACUGCCACUGGGACGGCUGCAGCCAUGAGUUCGAUACCCAGGACCAGCUGGUCCAUCAUAUCAAUAACGACCACAUCCACGGGGAGAAGAAGGAGUUUGUGUGUCGCUGGCACGACUGUUCCCGGGAGCAGAAACCCUUCAAGGCGCAGUACAUGCUGGUGGUUCAUAUGAGACGCCACACGGGGGAGAAACCGCACAAAUGCACCUUUGAGGGCUGUUACAAGGCCUAUUCCCGGCUGGAGAACCUGAAGACGCACUUGCGCUCGCACACGGGGGAGAAGCCGUACGUCUGUGAGCACGAGGGCUGCAAUAAGGCCUUUUCCAACGCGUCCGACCGAGCCAAACACCAGAACCGAACCCAUUCCAACGAGAAACCCUACAUCUGUAAGAUCCCGGGGUGCACAAAGCGCUACACGGACCCCAGCUCUCUCAGGAAACACGUUAAAACGGUACAUGGACCGGAGGCCCAUGUGACCAAGAAGCACCGCAAUGACAUCAUCCAAAAACCUUCCGUAACCAAGGAGAACGGGGACAACGAGGCGAGCGCCAAGCUGAGCGGCAGGGAGCACCCCAACAGCGCCCCCAGGGAGCGGGAGGACUGCCUGCAGGCCAGGAGCAUCAAAACCGAAGACAACAUGAUGCACCAGUCCAGCCCCGGCGGGCAGUCGUCCUGCAGCAGUGAGCCGUCCCCCUAUGGCAUUGACAGUGGAGUAGACGUGAGCCUGCACGGCGAGGGGGGCCUGGGAGAGCUGUUUGGAUUGGAGGAGACCAGCCCGGUUGUAGACUCCACGGUGUCGUCCGGCGGCGCAGGGAUCGGCCUGCAACUGCGCAAACAUGGCGGAACCGCGGUGCAGAGACUGGAGCAGCUGAAGAAAGAGAAACUGAAAACGGUGAAAGAUUCCUGUUCAUUCAUGAACCCGGCGCCGCCAGUCAGGAACACCCGGCUGCCAACCAUCAGCGCAAACGGUCCGUCACUCGAUGCCCUCGGUGUCCCCAGCAAUGUGCUCCUCGGCGGCCGGGCAGCGGAACUGUCCAUGAAUGAGGUGACGGUGCUGAACCACCUGAAUGAGCGGCGCGACAGCACCGGCAGCACCGUAAGCUCCGCCUACACCAGCCGCCGGUCCUCCGGCAUCUCCCCCUACUUCUCCAGUCGCCGCUCGAGCGAAACCUCGCAGUUUGGGGGCCGCCUGAAUAAUUCCAGCUCGGCGGAUUCUUACGACCCCAUUUCCACCGAUGCGUCGAGGCGCUCCAGCGAGGCUAGCCAGCACAGCGGCCUUCCAAACCUGCUCAACCUCACCCCCGCCCAGCAGUACCGAUUAAAGGCCAAGUAUGCCGCGGCCACCGGCGGCCCGCCCCCCACUCCUCUUCCCAACAUGGACAGGAUAAGUCUGAGGAACAAGUUGUCCCUGAUGGAUGGAACAGACUUUCCGUUGCCUCCGUUCCGGCAGCUCCCCCUCCCGAGACGUUGCAGCGAUGGGGAUGCAAACCCGGGGCUCGCCGCCUUCCCCCAUGAAAUUCUGGGGAAUAACUCCAGGCGGGCUAGUGACCCGGUCAGAAGGAUUGGGGGGCCGGAGGGCCAAGCUCUCCCAAGGGUCCAGCGCUUCCAUAGCAUGAACAGUAUGAACUCGUUGCACCCCCCGGCCCUACUGGAGCGGAGAAACGGGGGCCUGCAGCACUACACCCGCUCCGACGGCAGCCUCCACAGGCACCUCUAUUCCCCCCGGCCCCCCAGCAUCACUGAAAAUGUGGCCAUGGAGGCCAUGUCCUGUGACGCCGAUGUCCCCGCUGGGGACGAUGACCUCAUGCUCCCUGAUGAUGUCGUUCAGUACCUCAGAGCUCAGAACCGGGAGGCCCCGGAGCAGAACCUGCCUGAGUACAACGGUCUGGGCCGGAAUCUGCAAAGCAACAUGAAACCGUUCCAUCACAACCCACCGGAACAACACCGGGCCCCCGGGCCCUACUCCGGCAGGAACUUCCCUACAUUGGCCCAAUGCCUCGGCCAGACGGCUAACCUGCAGGAGAACCACUUGCCAGUCCAGUGGAAUGAAGUCAGCUCGGGCACGGUUGAUGCCGGGGAUCUACCCAAGCAGCCGCUUGCCCCAGGCAACUUAGCGGUUGUCCAGCAGAAGCAGAACUUUGCCCAGUACCAGAACUUCACCCCAGCGCCUGCCCAGGGGCCCCCCAAUAUUAUGGGCCAGGAGUCGGUACAGAGGAAUUUCAGUCUUAACGGACAGAGGUUUAAUUAUAUGCAACAAAGACAACCGCAGUUGCGCCAGUGCCAAAAUGUCGGUUCUGACUUGGGCCCCCAACAGAGCUACAGCCAGAACCAAUCAAUGCUGAGCCCGAGAGCAAUGCAGGACGGCCAGAGCCAGCAUUCUCCAUCCUGUAACAACAUGGCGGAGAGGCCCGGCGUUCCCACGCAUUCGGCGCCAAGCAACACACUGAGUCACCAGCACCUCGCUGCGCGCGCAGCACCCACGCAGGGCUUCGCAAAUAACUUCCCCAUUAACCAAGACGGACUCCGCCCCCCCAACGCCUACACAGUCCCGACUCAGCAGAAUGGGUUGGAGCCACAACAGAACACUCUCGGAAUGUCUGGGCAGCCGUUCAACCACGGAAUGAUCCAGCCAAGACCCCCAGCUGCCCCACACCCCCCUAACCGACCCAGGAACAUCCACCCGGGACAUCAGCCUUCCUACAUGCGGAGUCCGCACCCUGUCGGGGAUCUGAGCCCGGCCCAACAAACGGCAGAGGCAACACCAAAAAGACCCAGCGAGGAGGCAGAUCCGAGCCCCAAAGACAACGCUUUGCUUUAUUAUUCCGCGCAGAUUCACAUGUUCGAGCCAAAUGGAACCUUCAGCCCUGGCAUAGACUGCACGGCCCGGCAACUGCCCACCCUGCCCUCUCCGGGGGCAAAUCAGGUCACGAGCACCGUAGACUCCCAAGGUCUGGAACAACCCCCCGUUAUAGAUUUUGACGCCAUGAUGGACGACGGGGAUCACUCGAGUCUCAUGUCAGGAACCUUGAGCCCCGGCCUCUUGCAGAGCUUCUCCCAGACCUCCUCCCGCCUUACAACUCCCAGGAACUCCCUGACGCUCCCCUCCAUCCCCGCCGGGAUAGGCAACAUGGCCAUAGGAGACAUGAGCUCCAUGCUCACUACCCUGGCGGAGGAGAGCAAGUUUCUCAACCUGAUGCCCCAGACAUUAGGGCUCUGAGACGCUCCCAUUGCAUUGACCCACUAACUGCCCCCCUUGUAAAUACACUAUUCUUGGCCCCUUCCCACCUCAAUGCCUUCCAUUUGCCCAGGCCACAUAUAUAUAUAUAAACUAAGAGCAAUAAGGAGAGUAAUUGAGACCCUUUCAUAUUAAAGCACUAAAUACACUCAUUUUAACCCCCAAGGUCUGGAAACCAGAGAGGACAUUAUGGAUCCCCAAGAGCAGAUCUUCCCUACGUGGUGGGGGCAAAUAUCUGCUCAGUAGACUGUUGGCGAGCGAUGAGUUGGUCACAAUCUUUCCAAUUAAGGUCACAUUCCUAUCGGUUAAGGUUACUGGUAGGAUGAGUAGAUCAUUAUUCUUCUGCUCAAGGUUAUUGGGGCGUAGAGUAAAGAGCUCAGUAUCAGUAGUAGUUGUAGAGCAAAGAGUUGGUUUCCAUCCUCCCCCCGAAGGCCAUUGGUGGGCAGGAUAGAGAGCUGGGUAUGGUCCUGCCACUGAAGUUAGUGGGGAUGAAAAGUUGCAAGAUGGUUAUGAUCUUCCACUGAGGGUAUUGGGGUGUAGAGUGAAGAGUUGGGUACCAUCUUAGUAGACUAGAGAGUUAGUUACUAUCUUCUGCCUGAAGGUCAUGGGUGGGUGGGACAGAGAGCUGGGUAUGGUCCUGCCACUAAAGUUAGUUGGGAUGUAAAGUUGCAAGAUGGUUAUGAUCUUCCACUGAGGGUAUUGGGGUGUAGAGUGAAGAGUUGGGUACCAUCUUAGUAGACUAGAGAGUUAGUUAAUAUCUUCUGACUGAAGGUCAUGGGUGGGUGGGACAGAGAGCUGGGUAUGGUCCUGCCACUGAAAGCGAUCGAGGUAUAGAUCUUAGUAGAGCAGAGAGCUGGCAAUUACCUUCCCUCUUGGGGUCACUGUUGGGGUGAUUAUCAAGCUUAUUGGAGUGUGAGGAAAGAUUAUUGGGGUACAGAGUAGGGAGUUGGGAAUGAUCCCAGCACUGAAGGUUGAUGGUGAGUAGAACUGAUAGUUGGUGACCCCUUUAGGGGCAUUGGGGGGCAGGGUGGAGAGCUGGUUAGCAGGUUAUUGGGUUGUAUUAUCUUAAACUCAAGAUUAUUGGGGUGUAAAGAGUUUGGUAUCAUUUCAGUAGAGCAGAGAGCUGGGUAACAUCACUUAACGAGUAGCACAGAAAGUUAUAGUCUCCCACCCUUAGGAUCAUUGGUGGGGUGAGAAUAAAGCUGAUUAUCAUCCUCCCACUCCGGCGCAUUGAGUAGGGAGCUGGUUAUUAUCUGCUACUGAAGGUUAUUGGGGUGCAGAGUAUCACCCUAGCACUGAAGGUUAUUGGGGUGCAGAGUAUCACCCUAGCACUGAAGGUUAUCGGUGUAGAACUGAGACUUCCCACUAAAAGUCAUGGGUGAGUAAAGCAGAAGGUCAGCUCCUUCUCCUCAUUGGUUGGUGUAGAGCAGAAAGAGGGUCUUUUAUAUUGGGGUCACUGGGGGGAGAAUAGAGAGCUGCUAUAGUCCUGCCACUGAGGGUAACUGGGGUGCAAGUAGGGCCCCGGGGAUCGGCAAGUUACUGGUACGUGGAGCAGAGUUGGUUAUCAGAUCUCCAUGUGAGGAAGGGAGGGGGGUGUUCCCCGAAACUGUUAUUGGCCAGUAGGGUGGGGGCUUGGUCCUCAUCUUCCCAUCUUAUUGGGGGAGAGAGCAAAGAGCUGCUUUACACACUCACAGUAAUAGACCGGGGAGGCAGGUUACAUGGACUGGAGCUUUGGGGCUGUAGCUUUGGGGUAAUUGGGUAAGUCCUAGUAUUGGCUCGGGGGGGGGGGGCUUGGGUGUGUAGAUGAGACAGAAGCCACAGUAAAUUCCUACAAAGACCCCUCCUUUUAACAUUAGCUUCAAUGAAUAGGGCUUGUGUAAAGCACAAUCAAAUCAGCUAUCCACUGAGAUACCUCUGUAUAAACACCCCCCCCCCCCAGCUGCAGCCUGUUAGGCUUUAAGAUAAGGAGCAGCUCAGUAUACAGUGGCUUGUUUUGAUUACAGAUAUACAGCAUACCCACGGGGUUACUUGGCAUAUGGGGGCUGUGAUUGGCCAGGCACACACUGACACUGUAACAUAUGCCACCUUCCAGUACCCGUGCCACAAAUUGGCAUUAAGCCAGUGCCAGGAACACACAGGGAUGCAGAUCUGCCCUUCAUGCCCAUUGGGUUUCCAGCAAGACCUUUGCCCCUACUGUUUGUCAUGGAACUCAGCCUGGCACAUAAUGCCAUCCAAAGCAAUAACAGGAUUCCUGUCUCCCACAAUGCAUUGCAAGCGAGGGCCCCAGGGAGAGGGCUGCAUGUCAGGGGUUAACCGCCUGGUCCAUACGGUACAAUACAGUGACUGGGGCCCCCCUGCAUUCCUGUACAUAGUGUGUAUAAAGGCGCCGGGGCAAACGCUCCGGAAUUUCUAACUCAUGAACAUUUGUAGCAUUUUUUACAUUAAAAGAAUUGAGUUGUGAGUCGCAUCUGUACAGAGACACCGUUUUGUAUAAUUAAACCAUCAUUUUUGCA